UUUGUGGCGUUCGCGUUGGGUCCAAGUCGAUCGUGUCGGUUCGGCAAAUGCCGUGUUUCGCCGCAUCGCCCGCUCAGUCUUUUGUGAACCGGUGUGCAGCACGGACGUUGCGUUACUUCAAGCGCAUCUCAAGGACACUUCCAUAAAGGAUUAUUCUACAUUGCUCUAAAGUGCAGUUUUUGUGUGCUCAAGACGUUUUCAGUGUUUAUUACUCCUGAUGUAAAAACCAGAAAACGGAAACAACCUCCAAGGGAAAGCGCAGCAAAGAAACCGCCCAAGCAAGUGAAGAAACGGAAGGCUUACAAGAAGAAGAAACUCUUAGAGGAGGCGAACAACAGCAAACUGCGACGUGAGGUCGAAGUGAGGGUCGAGGACUGUUUGCAGAACGCUGAAGCUCUAGCGUUGCUCUCGAAGCAAAGUGCAAUAAAGGAAGAUUUAAAGGCUGAAAUAGAGGAAGAAGUAGUUUGUGAGGAUGCCGAAUUAGUGCAGGUGUUUGUGCAGAAAGAUGAGGAGUGUGUACCAGUGUCUGAAGCGGUAAUUUGUGAGGUUGGUGUCGUGAGCCAAGAGGAACCACAAAAACAGGAAGAAGAAGUUACAGAAGAAGCUAGUGAUAGGAAGGAAGACAUUAAGGAGGUUAAGACGACAGUCGACGAUGACAAAUGCAACAGGAUGGACCUCAGUGAUCAGGUGGUGAACGCGACUAGUGGCCACGUGGUUUCGUUGCUGCAACUGCAUCAGCUCAGGAACAGCAUCCCGGAUGACCGCAGUGACUCGGGGUUGAGCUCGCUAAGGUCCGGUAGCGGCGAUGAGCGCUCUGGAUCGAGAUCCAGCGCCUUGAGUUCCACUGACGAACAGCCCGUCGUCACCGCUACACCGCAACAUCUGCUAUCGACGAGCGGAAACGGAAGUGCGUCUUCCGCGUCGUCCACCUCGUCUCAGACGCACUCUGCCAACAGAUCGCCAUUGUUUGCGCACAGUGGAGUAAGUCCACUAGAUCAGGUGCGCGUGUGGCGAGAUCCCAACCUACUGUUGGAAUCUGAACCCCACGUAAGACACGUGAACAGACCAAUCAGAAGAAGAGAUUUAUCAAAAUCAUGUAAUUCGUUUUUAAGCGUCCAGCACCAGAGCUUGCUGAUGUCGCACCCUUCGGCUUCGGCCUCCGGCGGCCCGCCGCAGACUUCUUCGGCGUCCGCGGCCAGCUUGUACCCGCCAGCCGGCGCCCCCAACUUGAUUUCCCCCCACGCGCAUCCGUCGAUGCAUCUGCCCAUCGCGCCUGUGUACCUGCAGGACAUCUGGAAGCACCAGCAGCGGUAUGGCGGCGCUCACCUGCUCACCCCUCCCACGCACACCGAGGAGCUGAUGGAGCGGGAGCGGGCCAUCAUCGACAGAGAAAGGAUGAUGAUGAGAGAAAGGCAACACAACGAAUUGGAGAAGCAGAAGGAGAAGGAAAGGCAGGAGAGGGAGAAACACGAGAGGGAGAAGCAGGAGAAGGAGCGGCAAAAUCAGGCGCUUCAAAACCACUUUGAAAAGUCCCUCAGGGUGGCAGAGCAAAAGCAGAGAGGCGAGCAGCAGUGGGCGCCGAUCAGCGGCCGGCCUCCGCAACCCAGAUCCUCCAGCAUGUCCGAGGACGACAGGAAGAGGGCCGAGCAAGACCUCCAUCAGAGGCACAUGACCUCGAUGCGGCCCGACCAGAGGGACCACCGGUCCUACUACCCUCCGGUGCAGAGACCGACCAACGCACCCGCGAAAUCCGAGUACCCGCCUCCGCCCGCCCACAGCAGGGGCUCGAGCAAGGCGGACAAGGUCCACCCCACCAUGCAGAAGGCCGAGCACGGCCUGUACGGCUACGCCGCGCACCACCAGCAGUUUUUCGAACCAAAGAGCAAGGCCGCAGCGGGGAGCAAGACGGAGGUAUUACCGAACCCUCCGCCGCUGGUGAGCGAGGCCAAGACCGUCAUCGUGAAGCACGACACGAAGAACCAGCACCACCUGGAGCAGCGGGGGCAGAUCGCGCAUUCGCCCGGUCCUAAGAUGAGGAGCGACAUGCUUCAGCAUUACCUGCCGGCGUCGAACCAGGCGCCCAAGUCGGGGAUCUACGACUACAGGAGCCAGGCGUCGCUCACGCCCAGCCCGCAUCACCAUUCGGAAGGUCAGAACUCGAAGUCGCCGGGUCACCAUCGCGCGAGUCAGCUGCAGAGUCCGCAUCACCAAACGCAGAGGCACUCUCCGCACGGGCAUCCGAGCCAGCAGCAACAGCACCAACAGCAUUCCUCGCCGGACAUGCGAUACCGAAGCGUGUCGGAAUCCCAGGCGAUGAUCUACCCGACGACAAAAUCCAGCGCCAACUACCCCGCCUUCCUGUCGGCCACGACGGCGGCGUACGCGAUGCCCCCCCAACAAACCGCCGCCGCCAACGCGAAACCGAAAGUGAGCAGCCCGGCGCCGCACCACUUCUACGGCAAGCCGAACGUGCCGCAGACGCAGCAGCUCACGGCCAAACCCGCCGCCUCGUCCCCGUACCAGCCCGCCUCGCAGUACCACCCGCCGCACCUGCAGCACGCGCCGCCCCUCAACUGCCUGCCGCCGCCGGCGCACAGCAGCCGAGUCGAUCGGUACGAUCAGAGGUUGUACUCGCCCGGCUCGCUGUCGCGCACCUCGCCGCCCACCGCCGCCUCCGCCCCCGUCGCCAGGAGCCACGCGCCGUACGUUUCCGGCGUCACGCCGCCGCCGCUGCCGCCGCACAACGUCGCGUCCGUGCAAACGCAGCCGUUGGACUUGGGGGUGGCGAACAAGUACGAAGCGCCCGCCGCCGCGGUGUCGCCCAAGAGAAAGGCCGCCCCGUGCAGCUUGAGCCCCGUGUGCCUGGAGAAGAAGAGGAAAUUGGACUCGCCGAAUCAGCAACAAAGCUUGAUUUUCGGUGGCCAGCAGCAGCUGCAAUUGUCGCGCGUCAGCGAGGCGAGUCCGCUGAUAGCGAGCGCCGCCACCACCAUAACGACGGUGGUUAACGCCGCCGCCUACCGAACGCCCCCCGUCACGGUAACAAACAACUUUCCCGAUUUGAGCGUGACGGCCGUUAACUUGGAACCGGAGACUUUGACUUUGAAUCAUCCGCGAAGCGUUAGUCCAAUAGCGACCGUGGAGGAAUCCCCGGGCACGCCGGUGAAAACCCCGAAUCCGGCGCCGCCCAGCAGCGUGGACUCGGAAAAAUCCAACAGUCCCGGGCCGUCGAAAACGGCGUCGAACUCGAACUACCCGGUGCGGCACUUGAAGAAGGCCUGGUUGCAGCGGCACACGGGGGAAGACGUGGAGGACACGACGGGCGUGGUGGGGUCCGGCAGUUGCGUGACGUUGCCGCUCAACAUUAAACCGACCGCGACGGCGAUACCUGCCGCCCCCGCGAAAGACAAAGAGAACCCCGUGAACUCGAUCCACUCGAUCGGUUCGAUGGCUGUGAACAGCAUAAACAAAACGAAGAAUUAUAACAAGGGCGGGAACAAAAAGGCGGCGAAAGAAACGCCGGCGGCGGCGGCGAACGGCCACCCGACGGCGGAGCCGAACAAAGCCGACGACUCGUCGAGCUCGGAUCAGGAGCGGGGGAGAAAGUCCCCGCCGAAACGAAAGCCGCCGAAGGUGAAGAGAAAAAAGGGCGCUAAGAAAGCGAGCGGCGAAGAGAAAAAACGCAAGACCGGAGGUAAUCAGUCGACGGUGGCGAGCGAGAGCGGUAGCGAGAGCGAGAAAGAGAGCGGUAGCGAGAAAGACUCGGACUCGGUGGCGAGCAGCGGCGGCGGCAAGAAGGGGGCCGCGUCCGGCUCGAACCCGCCCGGCGGCGGCAAGAAGCGCGGCAGGAGGCCCAAGUCGUCGAAGGGCGAGGAGCCGCGCGCCAAGAAGUCGAAGGAGGAUGCGCCGCCGCAGCGCGACCCGUUCCACAAGCCGCCCGUCGGGCAGCUGAAGAAGACGGGGGAGAGCUUCCUGCAGGACGGGCCGUGCUUCGAGGUGGCGCCGAAGCUGGCCAAGUGCCGGGAGUGCCGCUGGACGCCGAACCAGCGCUCGAAGAACAUGCCCAACAUCUUCUGCCGCUUCUACGCGUUCCGCCGGCUGAGGUACACGAAGAGCGGCCAGCUGGCCAUCGCCGGCUUCUCCGAUCCGCAUAAAGACGCUUUGGAGAGCGACCUGAAGCUGUGGCUGCCGAACACCGAGAACCCUCCGGCGGAUCUGGACCUGGAAACGUCGAGAUUCCUUUUGAAACAAGUCGGCGAUCAUUUUUGCGAUUUGUUGGUUCAAGAGAAAGAAGCCCAUGCUGAACAUAUGUCUGAUGAUAAGAUAAUAGCGUGGAAAAGAGUUGUGCAGGGCGUGAGAGAGAUGUGCGAUGUGUGCGAGACCACGCUGUUCAACUUCCACUGGGCUUGCGGCAAGUGCGGCUUCGUCGUGUGUUUGGAUUGCUACAAGAGCCGAAAGAGCGGCACGAUGAAGGUGUGGGGCGAGCCGGGCAAGGACAAGGACGAGUUCUCGUGGCUGCUGUGCACGAACCGCUCGGUGCACGAGCAGGAGAAGCUGAUGCUCACGCAGAUCAUCGCCGGCGACUCGCUGCGCAAGCUGGGCCGCCAGGUGCACGAGAUGCGCGAGCUGUGGCGCGUCGAGCAGCACUGCGGCUGCCCGCAGGCGUGCCCGGCGCGCUCGCACAAGCAGAUCGCCGACGCCAUCCUCAGCGAGAAGGCGAACGGCUUCAAGAAGGACCUCAAGAAGGAGAUCAAGGAGGAGAGAUCUUCCCCGCUGAGCUGGCUGGCGGACGUCGCCCUCUCGAACGAGGAGAAACCGUUGAAGUUGAAGGAGGAGAGCAGCAGCAGCAGUGACUCCGAGGAGGGGAAUUUCUCCACGCUGCGGGAACUGCUGAUACGGCCGUCGCACAAACCCAACGGCAGCCGCGCGACCUCUCCCAACCCGCAGCAGAAGAGCGCCAAGAAAAUAAACCCCAAAGGCGACACUUUGGACGACGUGAUAUCGAGCGUGAUCGAGGACAGCGUGCCGAAAGCCGCGGAAACUUCCAGCGAAAGAAAAUCGGAGUUAAAACACUUCGUGAGAAGAUACAACUGGCAGACCAAAGGCCGCGCUCCGAUCCCGAUAAGAAUCAUGACGCUCACGGAGAGUCAAAUUCUGUACCCCGACGUGCCGCACAGUUGGCUGUGCGACGGGAAAUUGUUGCGCCUCAGCGACCCGAUCAACAAGGCCAACUACAAGAUUUUCCAGGACCAGUGGCGGCGCGGGCAGCCGGUGAUCGUCUCGGACGUGACCAAAAACUUGGAGCGCGACCUGUGGAACCCCGAGGCGUUCGCGCGCGACUUCGGUGAGGAUAAAAACGACUUGAUCAACUGCAUGACGGGGAAUCUGGUGCCGAACCAGCCGAUGAAGAAGUUCUGGGAGGGUUUCGAUCACUUCUCGAAGCGAUUGAAAGACGACAGGGGCAAUCCGAUGCUGCUCAAGCUGAAAGACUGGCCGCCCGGCGAGGAUUUCGCCGAGAUGCUGCCCUCGCGCUUCAACGACCUCAUGCAGGUGCUGCCGUUAUCGGAAUACACGCACCGCAGCGGCCGGUUAAAUCUAGCGAGUCGAUUGCCCGAGUGCUUCGUACGGCCCGACCUCGGCCCGAAAAUGUACAACGCCUACGGCUCGGCUUUGCACCCCUCCAAAGGCACCACCAACUUGCACCUCGACAUAUCCGACGCCGUCAACGUGAUGGUCUACGUGGGCAUACCGAAAGACGGCGACAGCGACGUACACAUCAAGGAGGCGUUCCGCGCGAUAGACGAGGCCGGCUGCGAUAUUUUAACGCGGCGGCGGGUGCGCGACAAAGGGGAAUUACCGGGGGCGCUGUGGCACAUCUACAACGCGCGCGACGCGGAUAAAAUACGCGAUCUGCUGAAUAAAGUCGUGGUGGAGAAGGGGGGGGCGCUUGGAGCCCCACCACGACCCCAUACACGAUCAAAGUUGCUAUCUAGAUGGUCCUUUACGCGAGCGGUUGUACAAGGAGUACGGGGUGGAGGGUUACGCUAUAGUGCAGUGCCUGGGGGAUGCCGUUUUUAUCCCCGCCGGAGCGCCGCACCAAGUGCGCAAUUUACACAACUGCAUCAAAGUUGCGGAGGAUUUCGUCUCGCCCGAGAACGUCUCGCACUGCUUCCACCUCACGCAGGAGUUCAGGGAUCUGACCGACACGCAUUCCAACCACGAGGACAAGCUGCAGAUCAAGAACAUCAUCUACCACGCGGUCAAAGACUCGCUCUCGACGCUGAGCAGCAUCUUCGAGAAGCACGCCAACGCUAAAGCGGAGGAUUCCUCCUCGUCCGAGAAGAACUGAUUAUGUGAUAGUAGUGGACGCCUAGUUGCUAUGUGUGAUAAAUGAGGACGCGAGUGCGUUAUUGCAGGGCAAUUGUGUGUACAUAUGUGUACAUUCUCGUUUUGUUUUUUUUUGGAUAAAGAGCUGAAUAUGCACGGUUUAUCUUCCUGUUAGUAGAAGCCGGCCGAGCCGGCCUAUAAUUAGCCUAUUUCCACACAUUCGUCGGACCUGUAUAAUGUGUUUAAAAAAUCGUCAAUGUUGUUUCAGAAUGCCCAAUGAUUAUUUUUCUCACUUGUAAUGUAACUGUGCCUGUUGAUUAUUAAAAAUUUAUUGUAUAUGGUAUAAAUAUGCGCUCGCUAUUCAGUAUUCUUUCACCACGUCCAGUCGGCCACAUUUCUUCAAGUGUGAUCAAAAUUUUAACGAAAGCAUGCAGUAUUGGGCAGUUUAUCACACUGACUCGCGGAUUUUCUUCAAUUCUGAAAAUUUGUGCAACAGUCGGUAUCUUCUCGCAAAAAUACAAAUUCGCAUUGAAAACGCUUUUUAGAACGGUAAAUAACAUUUUUUGAUGUUUAGAAACCAUUUUCUAAUCAAUUUUUUUGGAAAAUACUAUUUUUCUUAUAGUAAAUGUGUUUUUUGAAAUACAAAAGUGAUUUUAUGGAAAAGUUUGCGUUAAAAACGCUUUCUAGAACGGUUAAACACAUUUUAAUUUAAUAAUUAAAAAAGUGGAAGUAAAAAAAAUUGUUUUAAUAUUUGAUAAAUGACCUCUUGGGAUUUAAAACUCAUUUUGGCAAUACCACUUUAAUUACCUACCAUAUUCUACUCAAGUUUUAUUGCAAAAUAAUUUUGUAAUGCCAAAAAGUAGUUUUUUGGAAAAAUUGGAAUAAAAAAGUGGUGGUAAAAAAAUUGUUAUAAAAUUAAUGUUUAAAAAACGAUAUCUUGAGAUUUAAAACCCAUUUUAGCACAUGUUUAGAUACAUAACCUACCAUAUUAUAAUCAAAGUUUUUUUGCAAUAAUAAGUUUUAAUUUCCAAAAAGUAGUUUUAUGGAAAAAUAAUAAUUUUUAUAACAAUUUUUUACACACUUUUUCAUUUCAAUGUUCUAAAAAGCUUUUUUGAACUGCAAAAGUGAAGUUUGCGUUUAAAAAGCUUUUAAAAACGGUAAAACACAUUUACGGAUAAAUUUGUUAUAAAAUGAAUAUUCAAAAAGAUUUAUUGCAAAAAUAAGUUUUAAAUCCCAAAAAGUAAUGUGUUUGAAAUACAAAAGUAAUUUUAUGUAAAAAAAACGCUUUUACUGUAAAACACAUUUUACAAUAAAAUUGGAAUGGUAAAAAAAUUGUUAUAAAAUUACUAUUACAAAAAACGACUUCUUGGGAUUUAAAAUCUAUUUUAGCAGUACAAAUUUGAUUACAACAUGUUUAGAUACAUACCAACCAUAUUUUAAUAAAAAAAAUUGCAAAAAUAAGUUUUUAAUAAUUUAUAACAGCUCUUUUAUUACUUUUUUAAUUUUAUCGUAAAAAUCGUAAAAUCGCAUUUUUAAAGCGAAUUUGUUCAUAAAAUCACUUUUGUAGAUCAAAAGUGCAUUUUUGUGAGAAAACAUAAAAAAAUCCCAAAAUUGAAGAAAUCUGCGAGCGAGUUUAAUUAAUUGGCCGGGGACUGUAUCCACGCAAGGCAAUUUACUUAUGACGUUUACCCAUCAAAUACAGUAACUAAAUGUUGAAUGUUUAGGUGUACAAGAGCCUGAAAUCGUAGCAUAAGUAAAUCGCCCUGCUUUUGUUUAUAAAGGGGCAAUACUAGUCAUAGAUAUUUCGUUAAUGUAGCCGUCUGGACGGAAUAAUUCCCAUAUUGUUCCGAAUAGUUGUUGUUUAGUGAUCUGUUUCACACACGUGUUAAAUUACGAACAAUCUAAAGUGCUAUUUCAUUCAAAGUGCCAAUUUCUAUCCCGUUUACUUUAGACAAGCAAAGAAACUUUUUUUUCGUUGGAUUGGCCGAGUGUGGUUUAAUUUUUGCGGGGGCAAAGCUGUUAAAAAUGAUCUCGAACUUACUGUUUACAUCGACUAAAAUGUUGCAUGUCCAUUUAGAUGCGUGCGAAUUUGUGGUAACAUGGAGGAUUUUUUUAAGUUUUUAUUUCGUUUUACGUUUUGUGUGAAUGUAAAUUUGACUGUCUAAAUGGACUUGAAACCUUAUUACUAGAUCCCACUUACUAGAUUUCAAAAUCGAUUGGUUUUGGACUUUUUUGUAUAUUUUUUAAUUUUAUCAGUGAAGUAUAUGUAUAUUGUUUAUAUGUAAUCAGGACAUAUUAAUUUAUUUGCUUUUACAUUAGUUCUUUGUACAGUAGAUUAUAGACUUUUGUACAGUUUCGAAUUAUAUGUUUCCUUUUUACCUCCACUGAGGUACAAUAUAGUUUUUUGUACUAUGUAUAUUAUGUAAGAUUAUAGGUUUCAAUAAGAAAAUGUUUAUCAAAAAUUUA